AUGUUAAACGGACAAUCAAAUCGAAAGGAUUCAACACGACUACCAACGGGAAAUGCGAAUAAAACUACAAGCACCGGGCCCUCACUCGAAUUUCGAUGGUCAACAGCUGCAAUACAUCGAGCCACGAAAAAUAUUAACAGACCACCAACUCCAAUUCCAAUACUCACCAGUGCCCGUUAUCCACAAAGAUCUCACUUAAUCAGUUCCUCUUCAUUACGUACAUUACACCAUUGUGGCUCUUCUGAUCGAAGCUCAACUGUUUCAUCUUCAUUAUCGAUACAAAAAUCUGCACGUCGUUUAUUACAUUUACCCACUAUACGACAAAUCACUGCAACCAAACAGAAUACAUCACUCUUACCAAAACGCACAACUGUUAAUCGUUGUCCUACACCAUUUCGACCACUCGUACUCAGCUAUGCUCAAUUGCAUCGACCAGAACAACAACGAGAUAAACAUCAACUCUCUCAACAUCACACGUCUGUGGAUCAAUUGACUGGUGUCUCAAUUGCUACAAGCAAACUCACAUCAUCUUCCAAUCCAUCAUUGACAUCGACGGUAUUACCAUCAUUGAUCGAAGAACUUCACUUACCAACUAAUCAUCUUGUACGUUUACAUACGCCUCAAUUACGUCGUUUAAAUAUUUCCGACAAAUAUAUUAAUGAAGCAAAAGAACUUUAUUUCGAUGCUACAUCAAAAGUAUUCUUGCCUCGUAUGCCAACUAUGCAUGCCUCGUAA